CAUCGCUUCCUGCCCUACGUCUAAUUUCCAAUUCUUCGAUUAUUCAGAGGACACCACAGGUAGAAGUCGAAAUGUUGUGAUGGCUGGAACGUCGCGACGUCCGAGCUCCGAGCUCGGACCUGACCUGUCAUCCCCGACACCGCCGAAGAAGUCCAAGUUCGUCGAUCAGGCCUCGAUCGAGGGAACUUCUGAAAGGGAGCACGAGCUGACCAACGAGGAAUUCGAGACCGUCGAGAAAUUAGCCAGUUCCGUGGCAGCAUCGUUAUCCGAGAAGACUAUAGAGCUGAUACCGUCUGGGAUCAGUCCGUUCGAGAUCAGCGAGGAAUUGUUGGACGGCACGAAACAAUUGAUCCAAACGAACCUGGAAGGACCGGCUAAGGUCACGCCUGGUUCGUCGAAGGAGGGACACUUCAGCAGCUUCGAAACGAUCGUACAGAUGAAGUACGGCCAGCAGGAUCACUCUGGUUGUUCCAGCAGAAAAUCGGAGACCGAUAGCGAGGUGCAGAUUCAAACCUCGCUGCUGGGCGAGGAUGCAUUCUAUCAGGAACUUUCUCUCAUAGGCAACGGCGCUUAUGGUACUGUUUACAAAGCCAAGGACUUGAACACUGGCCAGGUUGUCGCAUUGAAGAAAGUCCGGGUACCUUUGACGGCUGAUGGACUUCCCACAUCUACGUUGAGAGAAAUCGCUACGUUGAAGCAACUCGAGAGAUUCGAACAUCCUCACAUUGUACGAUUGCUGGACGUUUGCCAAGGGAAUUACCUGCAUUUGCCCUCCGCUGACGGACGAUCGGAGAGGCUGGAUCGUGGGCUCACCUUGUGGCUGGUGUUCGAGCACGUGGAAAGGGAUCUCGCGUCCUACAUGUCCUCGUGUCCGCGGCCAGGUAUCCCCCCACAACUGGUAAAGCAGAUGUCGAAGGAGAUACUUAGGGGUGUCGAAUUUUUACACAGUCAUAGGAUCAUACACAGGGACUUGAAACCACAGAAUCUGUUGGUGUCCAGGGAGGGUAGAAUAAAGAUUGCUGAUUUCGGGCUGGCAAAGACGUACGACUUUGAAAUGAGAUUGACUUCCGUGGUUGUGACACAAUGGUACCGCGCACCUGAAGUACUUCUAGGCUGCUCCUAUGCGACCCCCGUUGAUAUCUGGUCCGUGGGGUGCAUACUAGCGGAAUUGAGUCGUUUGGAACCCCUGUUCCCGGGUACAAGCGAGGGCGACCAACUCGAUAGGAUUUUUCAAGUAAUAGGAACACCAUCGCAGGACGAGUGGCCUGAGAACGUGUCCCUGAGCUGGACAGCGUUCCCUUACAGGCAACCGAAACCUUUAGCAGCAAUAAUACCUGAUCUCAACGAGGACGGACUAGAUCUAAUUAAAAAUCUGCUCAUGUUCGAUCCCCAUAUUCGAUUGACUGCGGCUCAAGCUCUUAGACACAGGUAUUUCAUCGAAGACGACUCGUGAUGAUUAAUUUUCUCGUUACAUUUAUUACUUGUCGAAUGCAAGCCGACAUUACGGUAUCCAAAACGAUAUAAUUAUUUUCUUUUUCUUUCUUAACAAGAUCUGUUACGAGUAUAACAGUACGAAUCUUCGAAACCAGUCACGACUCGUCUGUAUUCUGUUCUCAUUUAGAAAUUAUAAUUGCAAAACACUUUGGUUUGCCGUCUAUAUGACUAUCAUCAUAUUUAAUUCAUACGAGCAUCAUCAUAAUUUAAUUGUAUUUAGUCGUUAUCCCACGGUGAAGAACAAUGCUUCCCCUCGAUCUACCCGGAGGAUCCGUAAAUUUUUUCGAUCGUUAGUGUAUUUAGUGGUAAGCGUUAUUGGUACGUUAUUUAUUUAGAUGUAAGUAGUAGUUCAGUACGUCUUGUUUCUGCGAAAUCGAUAAUUUUCAUUCCUUUGGCCUGGUUGAUUUUCACAGCAACUUGUUCUGAAGUACUUCUCGACCACACAGAACACGUAAUACAAUCCAAUCCAUGAAUGUG